UGUACAGCAGGUGUUCAACAGUCAAACCAAACAUGGCCAUCUCAUAAAAACAGGCAUCAAAAACCCACAAGUUUUUACUUCUUGGCCACUGCACUAUUAUCUCCACCUCCUCCUCCUCCUUAUCUCACAAGAAAACAGCCCCUAUAUACACUUCCUGUAUUCUAAAAGAACACAACAAUAACAACAAGAGAGAGAGAGAGAGAGAGAGAGAGAGAGAGAGGGUGGUACAAAGAAGAAGAAGUAAUAUUAAGCAUGGCCAUGAAGUUGGUGGUGGUGGUGGUGGUGGCAGUGGCGAUUUGCGCGACUGCAGUGGCAGCAGCAACAGACGACGACGAGCCGAUCGGAGCGUCGUUCGUGUUCGGGGACUCGCUGGUCGACUCGGGGAACAACAACUACCUCUCCUCACUGUCGAAGGCCGACAUGCCGCCCAACGGCAUCGACUUCGCCGCCUCCGGCGGGCAGCCCACCGGGCGGUUCACCAACGGGAAAACCAUAGCCGACGUCAUCGGAGAAUUGCUGGGGCAAACGCACUACGCGACGCCGUUUCUCGCUCCGAACACGACGGGUCGUGUGAUACUAAACGGUGUAAACUAUGCGUCGGGAGGAGCAGGAAUCAUGAACGGAACGGGACGAAUCUUCGUUAAUAGGAUUGGAAUGGACGUACAAAUCGAUUACUACAACAUAACUCGGCAACAAAUAGGUGAACUACUGGGGGAGGCCAAAGCAAAGCAGUUCUUAGCAAGCAAAGCGAUUUUCUCGAUCACCGUCGGAUCGAACGACUUCCUCAACAACUAUCUCUUCCCCCUGCUCUCCGCGGGAGUGCGAGUCCUCGAAUCGCCCGACGGCUUCAUCAACGACAUGCUCGCGAACCUCAAAUCGCAACUCACAAGGAUGUACGCGUUGGAUGCGCGAAAGUUUGUGGUGGCGAACGUCGGUCCCCUCGGAUGCAUCCCGUAUCAGAAGACGAUAAACCGAGUCGGGGAGGCCGAGUGUGCCAGCUUACCGAACCAGCUCGCGGUGCAGUACAACGGUCGGCUGAGGGAUCUGCUCGCGGAACUGAAUGACAAUCUCCCGGGCGCCAAAUUUUGCCUCGCGAAUGUGUACGAUCUUGUCAUGGAGCUGAUCUCAAACUACGAGCAUUACGGAUUUGCAACUGCAAGUACAGCUUGUUGUGGAAAUGGAGGGCAGUAUGCAGGAAUCAUACCUUGCGGGCCGCAGUCGAGUCUUUGCGACGAUCGAUCGCAGCACGUCUUCUGGGAUCCCUACCACCCGAGCGAGGCUGCGAAUGUCCUCAUGGCGAAGUACAUUGUCGACGGAGACACGAAGUAUAUUUCGCCUGUAAAUCUUCGACAGCUUCUCGCGCUUUAGAUCCAUUCUUUCCUGAAUGUUUCAGAAUACAUAUACUUAGCUAUAUCAAGUGAGGGGUGCAUUUUGGGUGAAUUGUUCUUUAUCGGUGCGAGCAAUUUACAAUUCAGCAAUGUCGAAAACAAGAUUUAAAGAAUUGAAAGAUUGUUGUUAUAGGGGGGGUAUUCUUUAAGUAAUCUGUGUGUUUUCUGUAUUAAUUUAAUUAUGUUUACUGUGAUGAAAUGUUAAGUUU